ACAAGGCUCGAUAUACGUGAGUUAUUUUAGCGCACAAGUUUGCAAUUGUACAUUGUUUUUUAUAUAUAUAUUUAACUAAAAAAGCUUAAAAAUGGAAUUGUUUUGCUGGGAAGGAGAAUGGGGACUUCCGUCGAUCGACAUCGAAUGCUUAGAAGUGCUGGCUCAUUUAAAAUUUGCUGAGACUCCUGCUGCAAUCAAAUUUUCCAGGACACCAACACUAAAUAAAUCAAUAAAAAGCUUUCCAAUUCUGAAGAAGAGAGAUGGCACAUUUAUCUCUGGAGCUGAUGAUAUAUUGAAUCACCUCCGAGACAAUGACCAACACCCAGAUAUUGGAUUAAGCCCCCAACAGUAUGCAGACAUUGUUUCACUAAAGGCUUUAGUUAAAGAUAGGAUCCAUCCAUAUAUUACAUUCUGUUUGUGGCUGGAUGGCAAAAAUUUUACAGAGUUUUCAAGGCCGUUAUAUGCCAAAAAAUGUGUGUUUCCUUUGAAUUUCAUUAUUCCUGGAAAACUAUACAACAAUGCUCAGGACUUCAUAAAUAGCACCAAAGCACAUGUAAACACAACUCAAGAUCAACUGGCAGACGAGUUGUACUUAGAGGCAGUUGACAGUAUCAACCUUCUUGAAACCUACCUUGCAGACAAAGAAUUUUUCUUUGGCAGCAAGCCAACAAGUUUUGAUGCUUUGAUAUUCGCAUACUUGGCUCCUUUAGUCAAGGCAAAGCUUGCAAGCACAAAGUUGCAAAAUCACGUGAGGGCUUGUGAUAAUCUCACCAAAUUCGUUAGUAGAAUACUGACUCGGUUCUUCCCAACUGAAGAUGGCAGCAAAGACAAAACAACAGCACCAAAACACGAUGGCCAAAGUGAGAGAAGUUAUGACUGGAUUCUAUCUGUUGCAAUUGGCUCACUUGUAAUGACAAUGUACGCAGCUAAUAUUGGACUCCUUGCAAAGCUACGGUGGUAACCUUUGCUUGUUCUUUACUGAAUAUUUCUAGGAAGUUAUCUUCUUUCUUGGAUUAUAUUUCAAGCCAGUUUAUGUUUCGAACGAAAUAUCUUUAUCGAAAAAGCUUAAAAUGAAAAUAUAGUUCAGUACUAACAAUAUCCAUGGAUGAUUUUCGUCUAUCCAAGGAAAGGUUUUAUAAAUGUCUAUAGAAGGUGUUUUUUAGUGUGUAGAGUUUUUUGAUUGAGCAUAAAAUCUCA